CUCUGCAAAGCAACCGCAAACGAGGGAGCCUUUGUUGUUUGAAAGUCGAAGGGUUUUCAGUGGAAAGCGGUGACAGUUUGAACACGUGUUUUGUUUGCUAGUAUCUUUCAACUACGGUGGACUGUGUAACACGCGCCACAGAGAACCGUGAACUCUAUCGAUUUUAUAGAUUUAUGUUUUAGCGUUAGCCCCCUUCCCCCCUCCAUCCCCCGAGACUUUUGAUGAGAGUUACAGUGGGAACCCUUUCAUCAAGGUCAUGUCACAGAGAAGCGGGGUUAUUAUUGUCUACUUGUUGCUCUCUAUACUGCCGUGUCCUUCCACGUUUAUCUUUCGUUCGUGAAACCAUAUCUGUGUAGGCUAUCUGUGGGUGAUCUGCUUGAUUGUUGAGUUUCCUGUAGGAGCUGAGCAGUAGUGGGUUUGGAAGGCAUGUACAGUGCCAUUCAAGUUCGACUAUCCCUCACCUGAUGACAAAGUCCGUGCCUCUAAUUCUGGGACAAAGGGCAAUGCGGUGAAAGCUCCGGUGAAGGCUGCAGCUGUGAAAAGUAAGGAUGUCGCGAAGACCGUAGAAGCUCAGCCCAAAAAGCCGAAGGCUUCCGCAAACUUAUCGAAUGUCGGCUCUAGUAAUCAUAAGGAGGCUUCCAAUGCAAAGCUGAAGGCCGCUGAGCUUGGAGCAUCGCCCAAAGAAAUGGAAGGUGCAGAACCCCAAGUUUUAGAGGGUAUUAUGCACAUGACCUUAGAGGGUGAUUACAGAGAGCGCGGUAAAGGCAGAGAACAGACUCCUGCUCUUCAAAAACCCAUAGAGGCAUUUAUUCCGGAGUCAUGGAUACUGGAGGAAAUUAAACAAGAGAGAAAGCCAUUGCUUCAUCUUAUUGUUAUAGGACAUGUUGAUGCAGGUAAAUCUACGCUUAUGGGCCACAUUUUGCAUCUGUUAGGCAGAGUAUCACAGAAAGAGAUGCACAAGAACGAGAGAGAAUCGAAACAGAAGGGGAAGGGGUCAUUUGCUUACGCUUGGGUAUUGGACGAGGGAUCGGAGGAGAGAGCUAGAGGAGUAACAAUGACUGUUGCCGUGGCACAUUUUGAGACCCCGAAGUUACGCGUAGUGCUACUCGACGCACCCGGGCAUAGGGACUUUGUUCCAAAUAUGAUCUCCGGAGCUGCUCAAGCGGAUGCAGCAGUUCUGGUUGUAGAUGCAUCCUUGGGAGCCUUUGAAGCAGGCUUAGACGGCGAGGGACAAAGUGGUGGUCAAACUCGAGAACAUGCACAGCUGGUUCGUAGUUUGGGAGUUGAACAACUUAUUGUUGCUGUAAACAAAAUGGAUGCUGUCAACUACUCACAGAAAAGAUAUGACUUCAUCAAAGGUUCCCUACAUUCGUUCUUACGACAGUGUGGGUUCAAGGAGGCCGCAAUAUCCUGGAUACCUGUGUGUGCGAUGGAAGGUGAAAAUCUGAUUGCACCUCCUUCUGCGCCCGCACUGAAGUCAUGGUACUCUGGACCAACAUUAAUGGAAUCCGUGGACUCUUUUGAACAACCUUUGCGAAACACUUUGAAACCUUUCAGACUUAUAGUUGCAGAACUAGUCAAAACUCGAAGUCUAGGUCAAGCUGCCGUCAGUGGCAAGUUGGAAAGUGGUGCACUUCGGAUUGGUUCAAAGGUUUUGGUGAUGCCUAUAGGAGAGAUAGCAACUGUAAAAGCUAUCGAACAGGAUGGUCAUCCUUUGACUGUUGCAUUGGCUGGAGACAGUGUUGAUGUCGGCUUGACCGGAGUUGAACCUGCUGUUCUGAUAUCAGGCGGUGUGCUGUGUCACCCUGAUUAUCCUGUGCCCGUUGUUACUAAACUGGAAAUAAGAGUGCUAAUACUAGGGAUAACGGUUCCCAUUCUUCGAGGAGGACAGGUGGUCCUCCACGCUCAUCAUGCAAGAGAGUCAGCUAAAGUAGCUGAGCUUGUAGCAUUGCUGGACUCUAAAUCUGGAGCUGUUGUCCGGAAAAAGCCACGAUGUUUGACUGCCAAUCAGAGUGCUCUUAUAGAAAUCAUUCCAGAGAGAAGUAUGUGUCUAGAGGUGUACUCGCAAUUUAAAGCUCUUGGACGUAUCGCACUGAGAGAUGGUGGUAAAACGUUAGCCGUUGGCAUCAUUACUCGCAUUAUUUCCUGUCAGUAAUAGGGCGUUUCGAAUGCGACAAUCAGGUGCAUGGUGAUUCUAACACAAAAUUCGUCAGCUAACAAUAUGAGGCCUCCGGUCUAACUUGCCCGGUUUCUGAUAAUGUAAUGGUUCUGAUCAACGACAUUUCGAAGGCACGAUGACACUCACUGUGAACCUUGAAGUAGACUCUUGUAUUGCAUGCUGAUGGGCGUUGUGGCCAGAAUUACUACGUGAGCAUUGCGUUGGAUCCUGUGCGCUUCUUCCCCUCAGGAUUGGUUUUCUUCCAAGACGAACAUGUUUUUGUUUUAUGUACUCUUGACGAUUCACCUGUAAAUUACACCGGUACAAAUUCGAGGGAGGACAGGUUCUGAUAUGUUCCAUAAUCUUUCUCAUUAGGUAGAAAGUGUACAUUAUUGUGUACAAAGUAAGUUGAAGGCUUUUGCCCCGCUGAUUUAGCACAUAAGAAAGAUAUUUAUAUCGGAACCAUAGCAUGAGGGAGACGUGUUCUUAUUUGAAGAAGUGAAAUUGAUACUCAGUGAUAACUGUGUUGACCAUGUAGUAGGAAGAUUAUUGUCAGAAAUUUUUGACACACAUUGCCAGUAAUGCCUGGCCUUGUGCAGCAGUAACAUGCUGCAAUUUGACGAAGUUGUAGUCCUUCUCAAAGUUAUGCAAGCCAAUUGGACCUAGCAGGAUAGACUCGUAAGUCAUAACGACAUGUGUACUUGAGACUUGGAGCUUCUUUCAGAAGCCUAACUAUCCCUGCUUUGAUGAGA